UAAACAAUCAUCAUGAGAAAUAACAAUCAUCAUUCUCUGACGGCCGUGUAAAAUGAUCGGACCGCCACCACAUUCCGCCCAACCGGACAUCGUCUGGUUCCAAUGAUACAGUUAUUCAUCAUUCAAUUAUUCAAAUGAUCAUUAAACCAGUAUGAGAUUAAACAUAAGAACUCUCUUUUUAGUUCUUUCGUCUUUAAUUAUAGUAUGCACAUUAUCAUUAUGGUCCAAUUGCUCAAAUCAAACAUUUGAUACAUUUUCAAAGAACAUUAAACCAAAUUAUGAAUCAUUAGUUCAAAAUAUAAAACCAAUAGACUGUCUCAUUAAUGGAAAUAAUGUUCAUGUGGAUUGCCUUUUAAAAAAUAACACAGUUUAUAUUCCAUUUUCAUUUCUAAAAAAUUAUUUUGAGGUUUAUGGAAAAAUUAUUGAAACAGAUGAAAACAAAAAGAAAUUCCUUUGGUCGCAUAGUUAUUCUAAAAUAUAUCAUCAAAAUGGAAAAUAUGACUCUCGGGGUGUGUUCACGAAUUUCCAAAAUUAUAAAGUUGAAGAAAGAGAUCGUGUAAAGUGUGUUAGUGCUUCUGAAGGAGUCCCAGUAUCGACUCAGUGGAAUCCUCAUGGUUAUUAUUAUCCAACACAAAUAGCUCAAUUUGGGUUAUCUCAUUAUAGUAAAAAUCUUACUUUACCAUCGCCAAAAGUAAAGGUCUUAGAAAGCGGUCAGUUAAAUCCUCUAUGGAAUGUUCCUAAAACUUCAAAAAUACAAAUAGCAUUCAAUGCUCAAGUCAAUAGUGAUGUUAUUGAUUUUUUCAGUACCGAUCAACCAAUUUCUUUAAAAAUUGACAGCAAAGAAGAUUUUUUCAUUAGUUUUGAUGUUGCUUUGUCUUUAUCAACAAGUAGUAGUAUCGUUGUUAGUAUAAAAGAAAUAAAGGAUCAAGAAGUAUGGAAUCUUCAUUACAUAUGUUCUAAAACAUUUAUAUUUGCAAAGGGUCAUAAUAUUUAUCAUGGAAUGCAUUGUGGUAAAGAAUUUGGUUGGAAAAAAUUGACGAGAAAUGUAUUAGUUGACUUACAAAAAGGCUUACAUGUAUUGAAAAAAACAACAGCAAAAAUGUUUCGUUCAAAAUAUAAGUUAUGUGAUUUUAAGCUGUAUGGAGUUGGAUUCUUGGACAACCUAACACUUAGUUCUAGUGAUCAUAUUAGUCAAUUUUAUGCUGCAGCACAUUGGUUCAAUAAACAUCAAGAUAAAGAGUCUGGAGGUUGGAUUAAUCCUGUUACUCGUAAAAUAUCACCUGUUAUCAAACCAUUAAAGCCAGGAUGGUUAUCUGCUAUGGGGCAAGGCCAAGCAAUAUCAUUGCUAUCCCGGGCAUUUUUCCAUUCUGGUGGCAAUGAAGUAUAUUUAAAAACAGCUCAUACGGCUCUAAAACCGUUUAAAAUUCCGACUAAAAAUGGUGGCGUUUUGUCUGAAUUUAUGAAUGUACACCCAUGGUAUGAUGAAUACCCUACUGUUCCACCAAUAUUUAUUUUAAAUGGUUUUAUGUACUCCUUGAUUGGAUUAUAUGAUUUGUUUUCAUUAGCUCCUAAUGGUUCAGAGGUUUCCCAAGAAGCUCAUUUACUAUGGAAACAAGGUAUGACAUCAUUGAAAAAUCUGUUACCAUUGUUUGACAUGGGUUCAAGAUCAGCAUAUGAUCUCAGACAUGUAACACUUGAUAUAGCGCCAAAUAUUGCUCGAUGGGAUUACCAUGCUACACAUAUCAACCAACUAUUGUUGUUAGCAACGCUGGACAACUCAACAGUUUUACAAACUACAGCUAAAAGAUGGAUUGGUUACAUGAAUGGUGCUCGUGCAUCGCACAAUUAAGUUAUUUAGACACUAAGAGUAUUGAACAUAAAUUUAGUAAAAUAUAUUUAAGAAAAUGUUGGGUAAAAAGUAUGGCUGUGACAAUUUUUUUUUCCUAAAUAUGUUGCAUUUUUAAUUUUUUUUAUAUUUUUAGGGGAAAUGUGCAUUAACAAAAAAGCUAACUUUAUUAUUUGAAUAUAAAACAAGUAAUUUAAAAUUAAGACCAUGAGUUCACAGCAAGUAAUAACAUUUAGUUUUAGUGAAGUGACUUCUUUUAAAAAUAACUAAAUUUAUUAUGUAUUAUUUAUUAUAAUCUAUAUAAUAUCUAUAAAUCAUGUUGGAUUUGUCAAUCAGAAUAUCAAAAAUUAAAUAAUUAAGUUCUGAACUCGGUUGCAUCAUAUAAUUUAGUGAUUUACAACUAAUAUUUAGUUGAAAUUUUGUUGGAUUGGUUAAAACUAUUGUUAAUACAUUAAAAAAUCAUUACCUUUGAUUUUUGCCUAAUCAGUAUUAAAAAUAACAUAAUAUAAGAAAUAAUUGAAACACUAGGUAGGAUUUUAUUUGACAACAAUUAAUUUGAAUAAAUAUUUUCAUAGUUUGAACUGCUUUAAUAUUAUUUAACUCUGGUUACAAAAGUUUUGAAGUAUAGCUAUUCUAAUGAGAUUAUUAUAGAAACAUGACAUAUUGUAAUUUGUUACAUGAGAAAUAUUAUGUAAAGAUGGUUUUAUUCCUAUUUUAAUUAAGUUUAUUAACAUGUACCAUAAAACUCGCUUAAGACACUUGAUUUGUCUCUAUCUGAUGAGUCCGAUGAGGCGCUUUUUUUCAGCAGAUUUCAAUAAGUUUCAGUGAUUAUGAGACAAUAAAAAUAGGAAUUAGGAAUGUUACUUAUUUACAUGGAAUAGUCUAGUAUCGAUCCAGUAUCGACUCCUACAAUUAAUGCUGGUUUACAACACCUAUCAGAAGUAUGAAAAGUACUCUCCUCUGUAGAAAAUUCUGAAGAAAUUUUGGGUCAUGUUAACAAAAUAAAAAACCUUCUUGCCAGUACCCACUCUCAAGCACUCUCAAGCAAACAAAAAUAGAUACUUUUAUUCAUAAUAACUAAAAUAUGUAUACGUAAAUGGAUUUCUGUUUUAAUCAAAUUCAAUAGAAAAAAUAAUAAUGAAUCCAAUAUUUCAAUCACUUACAUAUUUUUUUUUUUCAAUUCCUGCAUAAGAUGCUUUCUCGGUUGAGACGCUCUAGAAAGCGGGUAUCUUGAAGAGCGUUUUAAUCGAGUUUUACUGUAAUUCUAAA